AAUAAAAUUCAACUUGGUGUUCUCCGGCCAAGAGAAGAAAAAGAGAAUAGAGAUUUAGGGAGCUGGUCUCAGCGUCUCGGUUUUGACCAAGAAACAAGAUCCACCGAAACACACAGACAACUCCUCCCGUUUCAUCGUCUCUCCCGUUCAUUCAAGCCAUGAUCCGAUUCAUAUUACUUCAGAACAGGCAAGGCAAGACUCGCCUGGCCAAGUAUUAUGUUCCUCUUGAGGAAUCUGAGAAACACAAAGUUGAAUACGAGGUUCAUCGAUUGGUUGUGAACAGAGAUCCCAAGUUCACUAAUUUCGUCGAGUUUCGAACUCACAAGGUUAUCUACAGACGCUAUGCUGGAUUGUUUUUCUCACUAUGUGUUGAUAUAACUGACAAUGAGCUAGCAUACUUGGAGUGCAUUCAUUUGUUUGUUGAGAUACUGGAUCACUUCUUCAGCAAUGUGUGCGAGCUAGAUUUAGUAUUUAACUUUCAUAAGGUGUACUUGAUUCUGGACGAGUUCAUUCUUGCUGGGGAACUUCAAGAAACUAGCAAAAAGGCAAUUAUUGAAAGAAUGGGUGAAUUAGAGAAGCAAGAUUGAUGACCAAAAUCUAGCAGACAAUGUAUAUGGGAGCAGUUCCCUGUAUUUUUGGUUAAACAAAAUUUUACAGCACCUCCAGCAUUAUAAAUCACAAAUUUGUUAUAAAUUCCGCAGACAUUGGUACCUAUCAUUUACAUCUUUGUAUUAUCGUGUUUCAGUUGAUCUCUAUUGUAAGUAUAAGUGAUAUUAAUGUUUGAUUAAGUCUGUCCAAAUUUGUUAGAUGACAGUUUCUUUUUAA